CCGAAUUUGAAUUGAUACCAGUAGUUUUUAGGGCAAAGCACGGUGGUGGGGUCGAUUACGCGAUUCCGUAAUCGGUUCUAACGACCGAAUCCUGGACGCCCCGAGCAGCACUUUCUGUUUUGUCCAAUCACAACCGGGCCUACGUAUCCUUUUUCAACGACUAAACUGUAACGUUGGGUUGCUUUCUUACCUGGAGCUUCAAGGAGCUCCUUCGUUACCGGUAACUAAUUGAUGGAAGCACAUUGAGCAGAAAUGGCAACAGUUGAUGUUGCUGCCGAAUACGGCGGCACUUUGCAAGGGAUACCGUCAGGUGCUCCACCGGCCAGGAGGAUGGGCCGGCACUCCAGCAUUGUGCUACAUGAAACCAAGCAGCUGUUGGACGGAUUGUAUGGGGACCACAGUCGCAGUCGAGCUCUUAUGGCGGAGCUUGAGGGGCUGCUCUCAUCGUCGCACGGGACGCAGGCAGUAAAACUUGAAACGACAACUAACGUAGCAAACGGUAACGCGACAUCCGCAUCGGUGGCGAACGCCCCUGCCGAAACCGCGCCUGCGCAGCCAAAAGAAAGGCUUGUUGAUGCUCCUUCGACAAGUGACGCUGCCCCUGCGAACCAGCCUAGCGCCCCAGCGAGCAGCACAGCAGCAGCGCCUACUCGAGAUGCUAAGGCAGCAGCCGCCGCCCAAAAUGAUAGCGAUGCCGCGCGUGUGGAGAUGGCUCCCAGACCGCCUGCGGCAGCGAGGAGGGCCGCUAACGGCAUGUCAUCAUCAUCAUUUCGACGGAAGUCCGACACCUACAUGCUAAUGCAGCAUCAUCACGCCCUGCAAGACUCGUCGUCCAUGGCUUCGCCCGACUUUGUUGUCGUGCCGCCCAUGUACGACGGGACUGGCACCGAGGAUGCCGACUACAACGCCUCAUCCCCCACCGCCCGGGCGCACACCCCGGCCGCCGCGCGCUCCCGCCGCUCCAGCACCCUCAUCCUGAACAGCCCCUCCCCCCUCAGCGGCACCAGCGCCAACACCCUGAGCCUCAGCGGCCCCAUCGCCCUGGCCUCCCCGCCCGCGGCACCCUCCUCCCCCGCUGCCGCCACCGCCACACCCGCCGGCCGCCCCUCCACAAGCGCGCUCACGCGCACCAGUUCCUUCGUGCGGCCCGGCACCCGCACCGGCCUCAUGCAGGUGGGCGGCAAGUCCUUCACGGAGGGAGCUGGGGCGGGGGCAGCAGGGGGUGCCGGCAGGAGCCCCAGUCGCUGCAUGUCGCGCCGCAACCGGAGCAGACUGGAACCCGCAGCGGCGGCAACAGCAGCAGCCAGCGGGCUGUCGUCGCCCUCGCAGCAGCUCAGCAGCGCGUUGGGUGGCGGCGGUGUUGGCGGCAUCGGCCUGGCUUCACGUUCCAGCGGUAACGGCAUGUCUGCUGAGGCAGCUGAGGCAGCUGCGGGUUGCGGCACCGCUGUCGGUGAUCCGUCCGGCUCCGCUGCUGCUGCUGCAGUAGGAGGAGCAGCAGCAGCUUCACCCACAGCAGUUGCGGUGGUGGGGCCCUCGCCACCGGUGCCGCCGCCGCAGCUGGGCCCGGACGGCGGCAGCUGCGAGCCAGCAGCUUCCAUGGUUGCACACCCGGGGGUGGCCUUCCUGUUGGGUGGGGACCCGCCGCACCCCGGAAUGGCCCGCCGCCCCUCACUGCGGGUCAUUCCAGGCGCCGCCAUCGCCUCCGCUGCGUCGCCGCUGGGCCCGCAGCUCACGCCGACGCCCCCGCCUCCGACGGUGUUGUCGCCCGCUGGUGCUGUCGGCAUGAGCAGCGGCGGGCAGCAGCGGUACGACUUGUUGAUGAUGACGGAGGGGCUGCAUGAGCCGGUGGAUGAGGGCGGCUGGCCGGGGCUGGGCAGCGGCGGGCUGGCGGGCGGCGGCAUGCGGCCGCUGAGCCAGGCGGGCUUGAGGAGCAGGAGCGGGCGCUUCAUGCGGAUGCUCAAGGGGGUGUUCCAGUCGCAGCCCGACAGCGCCGCCACCGCAGCCAGCAGCCCCAGCAGCCCGGGUGCCAGUCCAGGACCCGGCGGCAGCGGUGGGGGCGGCGGCCCUGAAGGCGACCUGGCCUGGGAGUGCAUGUCCCCGGGCGGCGGACCCGCUAUGGGCGCGCUGAGCGGCAUGGUGCUGGUGGCGCAGUCCUCCACCUCCUUCUCCAGCGGCAUAGCGGGCCGUCCCGCCACACGCCAGCAGCAUCACACCUCCGCGCCCUUCCCAGCGGCGGUCGCGGCAUCAGCCCUGGCGCAACGUAGCCUGGGGGCUGGCGGCGGAGGCGGCGGGUCCUUCAGUCGCCGGGGCAGCGCGCUGGGGUAUGUGGUGGGCGGUGGGGAUGCGCUGUCCGGGGCUCGGGCUUCCUCGGGUCCGGUGCCGCGGGUGCUUGUGC